GCUCGCGCCGCACACCGAGCCCAGGACGCCGCGAGGAGCGAGCUCCGCCAGGCGCUGCACCCCGGGGCGCCUCGGCGAGCCCGGGAGCCCAGCGCGCGGCAGGGCUGAGCCCGGCCCCAUGGGGCGGGCGCGGGGGGCCUGAGCGCAGCACACAAAGGCGGCGGCGGCGGCGGCGGCCCCCGUGCAACUUUCCUGCGGGCCCCUGCGCGAGCCAUGGGGGCCCGGCGAGCCCCGGCCGCAGGCUCGGAAGGCAGCGGGGCCCCGGGAGCCUAGCGCGGGGCGGAGCGAGCCCCCCUGGCUGCAGGGUCCCUGCUGCGUCUCGGGCUCCCCGCAGAGGCGUCGGGGGCGGCCAGCCCCGAGCCGGGGCCGGGAGAGGCUGACCUCGCCCCCCCGGGGGGCGCAGGACCCCCGGCCGCACCAUGGGCGGGAGGGCCGGUCUGCAAACCGCCAGCCCCGCCUGCCUGCCGGGCCGGACGCUGGGCUGGAGUCUGCUGCUGCUGCUGGCUUCCGUGGGGCGCAGCGAGGCGGCGGAUGGAGAAGUCAAUGCAGAGGCCUGGCUCCGGCUCUAUGGUUACCUCCCGCAGUCCAGCCGGCAGAUGUCCACCAUGCGCUCGGCGCAGACCCUGGCCUCCGCGCUCUCCGAGAUGCAGAGGUUCUACGGGAUCACGGUGACGGGCAUCCUGGACGAGGAGACCAAGCUGUGGAUGAGGCGGCCCCGCUGUGGUGUCCCGGAUCAGUUUGGAGUCCACAUCAAAGCCAACAUGCGGCGGAAGCGGUAUGCGCUCACCGGGCGGCGCUGGAGCCAAACCCACCUGACCUUCAGCAUCCAGAACUACACAGAUAAGCUGGGGCGGUACCACUCGUACGAGGCCAUUCGCCGAGCCUUCCGGGUGUGGGAGCAGGCCACGCCCCUUGUCUUCCAAGAGGUCCCCUAUGAUGACAUCAGGCACAAGAGGAGGAAGGAGGCCGACAUCAUGGUGCUCUUUGCCUCCGGUUUCCAUGGAGACAGCUCCCCCUUCGAUGGCGUGGGGGGCUUCCUGGCCCAUGCGUAUUUCCCCGGCCCCGGGAUGGGAGGGGACACGCACUUUGACUCGGACGAGCCCUGGACACUGGAGAACACAGACGUGUCUGGCAACAAUCUUUUCCUGGUGGCCAUCCACGAGCUGGGGCACUCGCUGGGGCUGGAGCACUCCAGCAAUCCCAGCGCCAUCAUGGCCCCCUUCUACCAGUGGAUGGACACGGAGAACUUCCAGCUGCCCGAGGAUGACCUCAAGGGCAUCCAGCAGUUGUACGGUGCCCCUGAUGGGCAGCCCCAGCCCACCCGACCCCUCCCUACGGUGACUCCCCGCGGCCCUGGAAAGCCAGACCACAGACCCCCCAAGCCACCUCCCCCCGGUAAACCAGAUCGGCCCCCGAAACCAGGCAACCCGGACCGGCCCCGAACCACCGACCGGCCCGACCAGUACGGGCCCAACAUCUGUGAUGGGGAGUUCGACACCGUGGCUGUGCUGCGCGGGGAAAUGUUUGUGUUUAAGGGCCGAUGGUUCUGGAGGGUUCGCCAUAACCGGGUGCUGGACAACUACCCCAUGCCCAUCGGGCACUUCUGGAGAGGCCUCCCCGGGGACAUCGACGCCGCCUACGAGAGGCACGACGGCAAAUUCGUGUUCUUCAAAGGGGAUCGGUACUGGCUCUUCCGAGAGGCAAACCUGGAACCCGGGUACCCGCAGCCCCUCACCAGCUACGGGCAGGGCAUCCCCUACGACAAGAUCGAUACUGCCAUCUGGUGGGAGCCCACGGGACACACCUUCUUCUUCCGCGGGGACAGGUACUGGCGCUUUAACGAGGAGACCCACUCUGUGGAUCCUGGCUACCCGAAGCUGAUCACCGUGUGGGUGGGAGUCCCUCCUACGCCCAAGGGAGCCUUCCUGAGCUCAGAUGCCUCGUACACCUAUUUCUACAAAGGCACCAAGUACUGGAAGUUCGACAAUGAGCGGUUGAAGACGGAGCCGGGGUACCCCAAGUCCAUCCUGCGGGACUUCAUGGGCUGCCACGAGGCACUGGUGCCGGACCCCGACCCUGGGCACCGAUGGCCUGACCUGGACAGACCUCCCUUCAACCCGGAUGGCAGGGGCACGGGCGAUGACCGGGAGGGGGACGAAGGGGAGGCCGAAGCACGCCCCGGUGACCGGGAGGAGGAGGAGGAGGAGGACUACGGCGGCCCCACCCGGGGCAGCGGCAACGACGUGGACAUCGUGGUGCAGAUAGACAAGUACACGCGGACCAUGAGCAUCGUCAUGGUGAUGGUGCCCCUGGUGCUGCUGCUUUGCGUUCUGGGCCUCAUCUACGCCAUCAUCCAGAUGCACAGGAAGGGGGCCCCUCGGAUGCUGCUCUACUGCAAACGCUCCUUGCAGGAGUGGGUCUGAUCCUGGACCCCCCCCCACCAUGACCCCCUCCUCGCCCCCAGCCCGAUCCCCUCUCCCACCACCAUGGUGCUAACAAAGAAACUUGAGAAGACGAAGCCCCUGGAGCCUUUCUUGGACGACUUACACCGAGAUUUUGCACAUUGAGUUGAAUGCGCUCGGCCAGGCCUGCUUCCCCCUCGAGCAUGUCGGAGACGCCCCACUACAGACUCCUCCGUGCCUACAGCCACCCCUGCCCUUCCCAUGCCUGGAUCAAGGCCGCCUGUGGGCCCCUCCCUGCUGGAGGAGAGGGGGGUUGCCCCACGAUCUGGGUUGCUCCCAGUGUUCCCGCUGGGCGAGGGAGACCAUGUCCGUGCGCUGCAGCCCCUGAUCUCUCGUCGCUGCGGGGCUGGCAUUGGGGAGCGGCCAUUUGCUGGGGGCCCCCAUCUCUGCUUCACAGAAGCACCUGGGCCCCGAGUGCCGAACCCCCCACGGGAGGGGACAGCUGGGUGGGUUUCCCUUAUGGCCCUCCUGGGCCAUGGGGGUUUCUUCCCCGUCCUCAGAGCCACCUCCCUCGGCUGCGUUCUCGGCUCGGCGCCCAGUCACAGGCUCGGAGGGGCAGAACUCGAAAUGCUUCCUCAGCUCGGCUCUUCCCCCAGCAAUCAGCGCUCCUGGUCCUGGAUGUUUCCCUUCGGCGCCCAUCCACAUGUCGUGCGUGUGUUGUCUGUGCCAGGCUGGGCCCGUGGAGCAGAGGGAGGGGAUCCUGGUCUGGGUGGUUCACCCCUGCCAAGUCACCAGUCUGAUCAAUCCCAGGGGGGUACGUUCCCCAGCCCGAGGAAAGGGAAGCCUUUUCCCGGGUGAGGUCCUAUAGGAGAGGCCUGGCUCUUUGGUUCAUCCGAGGCAGUCUGGCUCUGAUGUCUGUUUCAAGCUCCCCUCCCUGUCUCCUCGUGUCGGUGGUCUUUGCAGCCCUGCUCCUCCCCGGGGCGAGUGGGCCAGCCGCUCAGUGCACUGCCCUGGGGGAGUGGGAAGCCAUCUCCCCGGCCCCUCUUCUCGCUCGCCCGGAUGGUGCUAACCUCUAGCAGCCGCUUUUCCCCACACAGCGCGCUAGCAGCGGGGCCCAGGGGAAACGGCCUCGUCCAGGAGCUUCUCCCCAUGGCCACCCUUGGGCUGUGGACAUUGGCUUUCCUGGGCAUUUCAGUGCCAAGCUACAGCAAGGGGAGGGUGGUGGGGUCGUCAGGGUGCAUGGGCCAGCUGGAGAACUGGAUUCCAAUCCUGGCUCAGGUCCCAGGUGACAUGAGUUUGAUGGCCUCAGCCUUGUGUCUAGCAGGGAUUGGAAUGUGGACUGACCAGGAUUAUACAUCUGAGCCUGUGGCUAGAGUAGCUGGGGGGCUGCAGGGCGGAGGGGCACUGGCUGAGCUGGGGGAGGGCCCGG